AUGUCAGAAUAUACAGCUAGUGCAACAUUUAAUAAUGACCAAGGUUCUUUGAGUGGAUUGCCGUUGGAUAUAACCAGUAUCCACUUCUCAAAUCAAAUACUAUUGCAAAUCAGAUUAAAUGGGGAGAUGGAUUCCACUUAUGAAGUUACAAAGAGGGGGCUGAAUGCCCUGGAUCAAGGGAUAAGUCGACCAAUUGCUGGGUUCAAUUCUGUACCAUCGGAAGAACAGAAUGAUGAUGAUGAAUUUUCAUACAAUGCAGAUGUUGUAAGGGAUAAUCUAGCAGAUUUUCAGGUGGUUACUAAACUUGGAGAUACCACAGACCACAAGAUGCCAGUAAUAUGUACACAGAUGGGUGAAUUAUAUCAGUCUGUAAUAAUACCAAUGUUAAGAACAAGUGGUAAGAGUAAUGAAUUGACAUGCGAUGGAUCAAGUUUAAUUAUUACUAUAAGUAGUAAAAUAUUUCGCCAACCCAAAGGUGAAGAUCAAGACCCCGAUAAUGAACUUGAUUUUGCCAAAUUAGUCUUUGUACUUAAGACAAUUAAAGAAAUGUAUAGUAUUUAA